AUGAAGUCGCUGUUAGAGAGCCUACCUGUUGAGUUGUUUGAUAUGAUUGCUGCCGAUUUCAGUCUACCAGAAUACCAAAGCCUCCGUCUAGCUUCGCAACAGCUUUACCAGCUCGUCCAUGCAAAGUUUGUGCGUCUCGCCUUUUCCGAGCAAGUUACCACUCUCAGCCCAUCAUCACUUGAUCGCCUAAACAAGGUGUCGAGCCAUCAAGGUCUUCGGGAUGCCGUCAAAACUCUCCACAUCCGGCUCCUGAACGAAGAUGAAUACGCAAAUCUGAAUGCAAUUAGCCGUGUGGGUCGAUUUCCUCCACCAAAGCGAUUUCCUAGAGUGUUAGGUGUAAGAGACAACAACGUCAAUGAUGAGGCGGCCACAUAUGCCUACGUACUGCACCACGAACACCCCUCGCGCCUGUACGACGGGCUUCUGAAAGUUCUCAAAGGUCUGCCUCGAUUAAAAACCAUCCAACUUAGUAUGAAGCCGUCUGCAUCGUAUAUAUGGGAACGCAGCGAAACACCUCAUAGUCUCUUUCGAAGCAGGUGUUUUGAAGCCGUCAUCUACGCUAUUACCCACAGCAAGACCAAACUGGAAGAGUUCAGCAUGGCUAGAAGAAAAAGCCGCAAGAUUUUGUACAAACCGGUUGACCUUUCGUUUCUGGCCUUCCAACUGGGUCCACUCUCUCUACAGGCGCUGCAGCAUUGCUUUUCCAAUCUCCAGUCGCUCACAUUAUCAAUCAUGACAGGUUACGAGGCCCUGCGCCCAGAUGGGUGGGCCAGCGGUAUUUGUGGUUUCAUUGCUGCUGCACCUAACCUCAAGAAGCUGACUCUGAGUCUGGAUCGUGUCAGCGCAAAGUGGCCGUCGGCUUCGUUUGGUGGCAUCGUGGUCAAAUAUCUAGCCACUUCCUGUCGACUACCAUGUCUUGAGACACUCGAGGUUAUAAACUGUGCACCGCAUGGGAAAGACUUGGCUGAUCUGAUCCGAACAUAUUCUUCAUCACUUCAAUGCAUCGUCCUUUCCCAUAUCCAGCUUUCAACCGAUAAGUGGUGUCCAAUUGGGGGCGCUCUAAAGGUAUGCCAGAAACUAAGGUAUUUCCGCCUGAUUGCAUUCGAGGACCGCUGGGUUAGCCUGUCAAUCAAGGCACGAAUGAUAGGUCGUCCGGACUUCGCUUGGAAUGUAGAUAAAGACCACCAAAACGUGUCUGAUUGGCUCCACCGAGUCACGGGAGUGGAAGGGAUUUGA